GAGGGGCGGUGGGUGCAGGGCAGAGGGAAGCGCCCACCGUGCAGCUGGGGCCCCAGGGAUUGUGGACAGAGGAGCAGGGCGGCUGGGAUCCUUCUCCCCAGGGGGCUCGGAGGAGGAGAAGUGCGAACACCCCUCCGCAGUUCCAGCUGCCCAGCUACCAGGUCUCCAUCCCCGAGAACGAGCCUGCGGGUACCCGGGUGAUCGCCCUGCGGGCCCAGGACCCAGACGAGGGGGAGGCAGGCCGGCUGGUGUACUCCAUGGAGGCGCUCUUCGACGAGCGUUCCAAUGACUACUUCUCCAUCGACCCAGAGACGGGCAGCGUGGUCACUACGCGCAGCCUGGACCGUGAGACCAAGGACACCCACGUACUGAAGGUGACUGCAACUGACCAGGGCUCUCCCCGCCGCCGCUCAGCCGCCACCUACUUGACUGUGACUGUGAGUGACACCAAUGACCAUGGGCCAGUGUUCGAGCAGCCUGUGUACCGGGAGACCAUCCGGGAGAACCUGGAGGUGGGUUAUGAGGUGCUGACUAUUCGUGCCACAGAUGGGGAUGCCCCGGCCAACGCCAACAUGCUUUACCGCCUGCUGGAGCCAGGUGCUGGGGAUGGUGUCUUUGAGAUCGACCCUCGCUCUGGAGUAGUGAGGACCCGUGCCCCUGUGGAUCGUGAGGAGGUCUCUGAGUACCACCUGGUGGUAGAAGCCAAUGACCAAGGAAAGGAACCAGGUCCCCGUAGUGCCACAGCUACAGUACACAUCACUGUGGAGGAUGAGAAUGACAACUAUCCACAGUUCAGUGAGAAGCGCUACUUGGUUCAGGUGCCAGAGGAUGCCCCGGUGAACAGCCAAGUGCUGCAGGUGCAAGCGACUGACCGGGACAGGGGCAGCAAUGCCCAGGUGCACUAUAGCAUUGUGAGUGGCAACCUCAAAGGCCAAUUCUAUAUCCACUCUUUCUCUGGUGCCAUCGACCUGAUCAAUCCUCUGGACUAUGAGACUAUCCGUGAGUACACACUGAGAAUCAAAGCCCAGGAUGGGGGCAGGCCCCCUCUGAUUAACUCUAGUGGGAUGGUAUCUGUGCAAGUGGUGGAUGUGAAUGACAAUGCCCCUAUUUUUGUCAGCACCCCCUUCCAGGCCACAGUGCUGGAGAACGUGCCACUGGGCUACUCCGUGCUGCACGUUCAGGCAGUGGAUGCUGAUUCUGGAGACAAUGCCCGUCUGGAGUACAAACUUAUAGACUUGUCCCCAUCUCCUGGUGUGGGGUCCCCAGGUGGAGAGACUGGGUUCCCAUUCCAGAUCAAUAACAGCACUGGUUGGAUUACAGUGUCGUCUGAGCUGGACCGAGAGACUGUGGAGAACUAUCACUUUGGGGUAGAGGCUAGGGACCAUGGAGUGCCUGUCAUGACUUCCUCAGCCAGUGUGUCCAUCACGGUCCUGGAUGUCAAUGAUAACAACCCAACUUUCACUGAGAAGGUCUAUCAGCUCAGGUUGAAUGAGGAUGCGGCAGUGGGCAGCAGUGUUCUGACUCUGAUAGCAGUGGACAGGGACAUUAACAGUGUAGUGACCUACCAGAUCACCAGUGGCAACACAAGGAACCGCUUUGCCAUCACCAGCCAGAGUGGGGGUGGGCUGAUCACCAUUGCCUUGCCCCUGGAUUACAAGCAGGAGAGGCAGUAUGUGCUGACAGUUACUGCAUCAGAUGGCACACUCUUUGAUACUGUCCAGGUCUUCAUCAAUGUCACCGAUGCCAACACACACCGCCCGGUCUUCCAGAGCUCCCAUUACACAGUGAGCGUCAGUGAGGACAAGCCCAUUGGCACCUCUAUUGUGACCAUCAGUGCCACCGAUGAAGACACAGGGGAAAAUGCCAGGAUCACAUACAUUUUGGAGGAUAACAUUCCUCAAUUCCGCAUUGACCCAGACACAGGCACUAUCACCACCCUGAUGGAGCUAGACUAUGAGGACCAAGCCUCUUACACAUUGGCCAUUACAGCUCGUGACAAUGGGAUCCCUCAGAAAUCUGACACCACCUACGUGGAGAUCCUCAUCCUGGAUGCCAAUGACAAUGCCCCCCGCUUCCUGCGUGACCGUUACCAGGGCUCGGUCUUUGAGGAUGUGCCACUGUCCACCAGUGUCCUUCAGCUGUCUGCCAACGACCGUGACUCAGGCCUCAAUGGCCGCCUCCUUUACACCUUCCAGGGUGGUGAUGAUGGCGAUGGAGACUUUUACAUCGAGCCCACUUCUGGAGUGAUACGCACGCUGCGCAAGCUGGAUCGUGAGAAUGUGGCUGUCUACAGCCUACGGGCCUUUGCCAUGGACAGAGGCAGCCCACCUCUCAAAGCCUCUGUGGAUAUCCAGGUCACUGUGCUGGACAUCAACGACAAUCCGCCUGUCUUUGAACAGGAUGAGUUUGAUAUCUUUGUGGAGGAGAACAGCCCAGUGGGCUCCAUCGUGGCACGGAUCAGUGCGGCCGACCCAGACGAAGGGACCAAUGCACAAAUCAUGUACCAGAUUGUGGAGGGUAACAUCCCUGAGGUCUUCCAGCUUGACCUACUCAAUGGUGACCUCACAGCCCUGAUGGAUCUGGAUUAUGAGAGCCGGACGGAAUAUGUGAUUGUGGUGCAGGCCACCUCAGCGCCUCUUGUCAGCCGAGCCACCGUGCACAUUCGCCUGUUGGAUCAGAAUGACAACCCGCCUGUGCUGCAGGACUUCCAGAUCCUCUUCAACAACUAUGUGACCAACAAGUCUAACAGCUUUCCCUCUGGGGUGAUUGGCAAGAUCCCAGCCUAUGACCCUGAUGUGUCCGACAGCCUGGCCUACACUUUUGUUCAGGGCAAUGAGUUGAACUUGCUACUCUUGGACUCUGCCACUGGGGAACUCAAACUCAGUCGAGAUCUGGACAACAACAGACCUCUGGAAGCUCUCAUGAAAGUGUCAGUCUCAGAUGGUGUUCACAGUGUCACAGCAGUCUGCGCCCUGAGGGUGACUAUCAUCACCGAUGACAUGCUGACCAACAGUAUCACUGUGCGACUGGAAAACAUGUCCCAGGAGAAGUUCCUCUCCCCGCUGCUCUCUCUCUUUGUGGAGGGUGUGGCGACGGUGCUGUCUACUACCAAGGAUGGCAUCUUCGUCUUCAACAUUCAAAACGAUACAGAUGUCAGUUCCAAUAUCCUGAAUGUAACCUUCUCCGCUUUACUUCCUGGUGGCAUUAGAAAUAAGUUCUUCCCCUCCGAGGACCUCCAGGAACAGAUCUACCUCAACAGAACGCUACUGACGAUGAUUUCUAUGCAGCGGGUCCUGCCUUUUGACGACAAUAUCUGUUUGCGAGAGCCUUGUGAGAACUACAUGAAGUGUGUCUCAGUGUUGAAGUUUGACAGCUCUGCUCCAUUUAUUAGUUCAAACACCGUUUUGUUCCGACCCAUCCAUCCCAUCAAUGGUCUGAGGUGCCGGUGUCCCCCUGGUUUUACAGGCGACUAUUGUGAAACAGAGAUUGAUCUCUGCUACUCCAGUCCUUGUGGCAAUAAUGGGCUUUGUCGGAGCCGAGAAGGAGGCUACACUUGUGAAUGUUACGAGGACUACACUGGCGAGUAUUGCGAAGUGAAUGCCCGCUCUGGCCGCUGCGUGCCGGGAGUGUGUAAAAACGGAGGAACCUGUGUUAAUCUGCUGGUAGGAGGUUUCAAAUGUGAGUGUCCCCCAGGAGAGUACGAGAGACCUUACUGUGAGAUGACAACAAGAAGUUUCCCUCCGCAGUCGUUUGUCACCUUCAAAGGGUUAAGACAGCGCUUCCAUUUCACGGUUUCCCUCAUGUUUGCAACCAGAGAAAGGAAUGCUCUGCUCCUCUACAAUGGACGUUUUAAUGAGAAACAUGACUUUAUUGCUCUUGAGAUCAUUGAAGAACAGAUCCAACUAACAUUCUCUGCAGGGGAGACCACUACAACAGUUGCACCAUUUGUUCCAGGAGGGGUCAGUGAUGGACAGUGGCACUCUGUACAGGUGCAGUACUACAACAAGCCCCACAUUGGCCGAUUAGGAAUUCCUCAUGGACCUUCAGGAGAGAAGGUGGCGGUAGUAACAGUGGAUGACUGUGACACUGCAGUGGCUGUGCGCUUUGGAAGUCUCAUUGGGAACUACACAUGUGCUGCCCAAGGAACUCAAAGUGGCUCAAAAAAAUCUUUGGACCUGACUGGACCUCUCCUACUUGGGGGUGUCCCAAACUUGCCUGAAGAUUUCCCUGUGCACAACAGAGAGUUUAUUGGCUGUAUGAGGAACCUCUCCAUUGACAACAAGCCAAUUGACAUGGCUAGUUUCAUAGCCAAUAAUGGCACUCUUGCAGGUUGUGCAGCUCAGAAGAACUACUGUGAUACUAAUUGGUGUCAAAAUGGAGGCACAUGCGUGAAUAAAUGGAACACCUAUACUUGUGAAUGCCCCCUGCGGUAUGGUGGGAAAAACUGUGAGCAAGUAAUGCCUUCUCCCCAGCGUUUCAGUGGUGAGAGCAUUAUUGUCUGGAGUGACCUUGAUAUUACUAUCUCCGUACCAUGGUACAUUGGACUCAUGUUCAGGACCCGGAAAGUUAAUGGCAUGUUAAUGCAAGCUAAUGCAGGAACUUCAUCCAAGAUCAACAUUCAGAUCUUGAACAACUAUGUGCAAUUUGAAGUUUACAAUGGCCUGAACCAGGUUGCUAGUUUGAAGAUGACCCAGUCACGAGUCAGUGAUGGUGAAUGGCAUCAUUUGUUAAUAGAGUUAAAGAGUGCUAAAGAUGGCAAAGACAUCAAGUACCUGGCUGUUAUGUCCUUGGACUAUGGGAUGUAUCAGAGCACUGUGCAGAUUGGAAAUCAACUUCCUGGACUAAAAAUGAAAAGCAUCAUUGUGGGAGGUAUCUCCGGAGAUCAAGUCUCAGUGCAGCAGGGUUUCUAUGGCUGUAUGCAGGGAGUGAGAAUGGGGGAGACUUCUACAAAUGUAGCUACGUUGAACAUGAAACAGGCAACGAAGAUCAAUAUAAAGGAAGGCUGCGAAGUAGACAACCCUUGUGAUUCCAGUCCAUGUCCCCAACACAGCUACUGCAUUGAUGACUGGGAUAGCUACUCCUGUGUGUGUGACCCAGGGUACUUUGGGAAAGACUGUGUUGAUGUGUGUAACCUGAACCCAUGUGAGCAUAUCUCCACCUGUGUCCAUAAACCUAGCUCAUCCCAUGGGUACACCUGUGAAUGUGGACAAAGCUACUAUGGGCAAUACUGUGAGAGCAAAAUUGACUUGCCUUGUCCCCGAGGCUGGUGGGGAAAUCCCAUUUGUGGUCCAUGUAAUUGUGAGAUCAGUAAAGGGUUUGAUCCUGACUGCAAUAAGACUAAUGGAGAGUGUCAGUGUAAGACAAACUACUACAGGCCACAAAGCAGUGACACCUGUUAUCCAUGUGACUGCUUCCCUUCUGGUUCUCAUACUCGCUCCUGUGACAUGGAGACAGGACAGUGUCCUUGUAAACCUGGGGUGAUUGGGCGACAGUGUAACCGUUGCGACAACCCUUUUGCUGAGGUUACCAUUCAGGGCUGUGAAGUGAUUUACAAUGGGUGUCCCAAAGCAUUUGAAGCUGGCAUUUGGUGGCCACAGACCAAGUUUGGACAGCCAGCUGCCGUGCCAUGUCCCAAGGGAUCAGUGGGGAAUGCAGUUCGGCACUGUAAUAGUGAGAGAGGCUGGCUCCCUCCUGAGCUUUUUAACUGUACCACUGUUAGCUUUGUGGAUCUUAAAAUCAUGAAUGAAAAACUACAUCUCAAUGAGACCAAACUGGAUGGAGACAAGUCCAUACAGAUUGCUAAAGUGCUGCAGAAUGCAACCAAGUACACCAACUCCUUGUAUGGGAAUGAUGUGAGGACAGCGUACCUGCUCAUGAUCAGGGUCCUGCAGUAUGAGAGCCAGCAGCAAGGGUUUGACCUAGCUGCGACAAGAGAUGCAGAAUUCAAUGAAAACCUCAUUAAAGUGGGUAGUGCCCUUCUGGACCCCAGCACCAAGGAGCACUGGGAGCAGAUCCAGCGAACAGAGGGUGGCACAUCCCACCUACUGAAACAUUAUGAGGAAUAUUUCAACAAUGUGGCCCAGAACAUGAAGAAAACAUACCUGAAACCUUUUGUCAUUAUUGCCACAAAUAUGAUUAUUGCUGUUGACAUCUUUGACAAGUCUAAUUUUACGGGCGCUAAAAUACCACGGUUUGACAGGAUUAAAGAAGAUUAUCCUAAAGAUUUGGAGUCAUCUGUUUUGUUCCCUGAUACUUUGUUCAGACCUUCAGAUAGAAAAGUGGCACCUACAAUGAAGCCAUCAAACCAAAAAAUAUCCUCUAAGCCAGAUAACGGUAUUUUAAACCCUGAGAAUGCACUUACAAAGAGAAAGAAGCGAAACCCAGAUGAGUCUAACCAGUAUGCUGUUGCUAUGGUGAUUAUAUACCGAUCUCUAGGACAACUUUUACCUGAGCAUUACGAUCCUGACAGAAGAAGCUUAAGGUUACCUAAUCGACCCAUCAUUAACACGCCCAUUGUGAGCACCACCAUUCAUAGUGAUGGGGAACCUGUACCAAACCUCCUGGAAAAGCCCAUUAUACUUGAAUACGCCAUGCUGGAAACAGAGGAGAGAACUAAGCCAGUCUGUGUGUUCUGGAACCACUCAGUCAUAGUUGGUGGGACUGGAGGCUGGUCCUCCAAGGGGUGUGAGCUUUUUUCCAGAAACCAGAGCCAUGUUUCUUGCCAGUGCAAUCACAUGACCAGCUUUGCAGUGCUAAUGGACAUUUCAAAACGAGAGAAUGGCGAGGUGCUUCCUCUGAAGAUAGUAACUUACACGACUGUAUCCAUCUCACUGGUGGCUUUGCUGAUGACCUUCAUACUGCUAGUUCUGAUCCGAACACUGCGUUCAAACCUGCACAGCAUUCACAAAAACCUGGUGGCUGCCCUUUUCUUCUCGGAAUUGGUCUUUCUUAUUGGAAUCAACCAGACAGAAAACCCGUUUGUGUGCACUGUGAUAGCCAUCCUCCUGCACUACUUCUACAUGAGCACCUUUGCGUGGAUGUUUGUAGAACAGCUCCACAUAUACCGCAUGCUGACUGAAGUGAGGAACAUCAAUUUUGGACAUAUGAGGUUCUACUAUGUCGUUGGUUGGGGGAUUCCUGCUAUUAUAACAGGUCUCGCUGUGGGUCUGGACCCACAGGGCUAUGGGAACCCUGACUUCUGCUGGCUUUCUGUUCACGAUACCCUUAUCUGGAGUUUUGCAGGCCCUGUUGUGAUAGUUGUGGUCAUCAACACAGUCCUCUUCAUACUAGCAGUGAAAGCAUCAUGCAGACGAAGACAACGCUCAUUUGAAAGAACUGGAGUCAUCUCCGUGCUGCGAACUGCUUUCCUCCUGCUGCUGCUGAUCAGUGCCACGUGGUUACUGGGGUUGAUGGCAGUGAACAGUGAUGUCAUGACAUUCCAUUAUCUCUUUGCCAUCUUCAGCUGCUUACAAGGGCUCUUCAUUUUCUUCUUCCACUGCGUUUUUAAUAAAGAAGUCAGAAAGCACUUGAAGAACACUUUAACUGGAAAGAAACCCCUUCCAGAUGACUCUACUACAACAAGAGCUACAUUAUUAACCCGAUCUCUGAACUGUAACAACACAUAUAUAGAGGAGCCAAAUAUGUAUCGCACAAAUAUUGGUGAAUCCACAGUCUCCCUAGAGAGCACCAUCAGGUCAGCCAAGAGCCACAAUAGCUACCUUGCUUACAUUCUCAGGGAUGAGGCUGCUCAGAAGCUCAGUGGGUCCUCAAGCCAAGCAAGGGCAGGUCAGACAGAAGCAGAUUCCUCCAUUUUUAAUAGGAAUCCAUCAAAAUCCAAUGAGCAUGAUUCUGAUUCUGACAGCGAGUUGUCUCUUGACGAACAUAGCAGCUCUUACGCUUCCUCCCAUUCAUCCGAGAGUGAGGAAGAUGGGAUUGAAACGGAGAAAAAAUGGAACACAACCACUUCCAAAAACAAUGAGCGUGGCCCAAUCCACAGCACUCCUAAAGUUGAUUCUAUAUCCAAUCAUGUGAAACCCUAUUGGCCCACAGAGUGCAUAACGACAAGCGAUGGGGAGGAUCCAGGUGGGAAGCAGAAACUGAAAGUGGAGACAAAGGUCAAUGUAGAGCUUCAUAGGGAAAAUCAGGUGAACCACAGCAAUGAAGCACCUCGCGAAACUGAGAACGAAGGGCAGCAGAAAGAGAACAAACCUCUACAACAGCAGAAUAACCAGCACCCGGAACAGAGGAAAGGCAUCUUGAAAAAUAAAGUCACCUACCCUCCCCCUCUGAUGGAUAAGAAUAUGAAGAAUCGACUACGGGAAAAGUUAUCGGAUUAUAAUCAAACCACUGUCUUAUCCAGGACUGCUUCCUUAGGGACAAACGAUGGGGUUCGUUCACCCUCUGACACUGGGGUGACAAUAAAAAAUCCGCGGAGGGAACAGUCUCGAGAUCAGCUCAAUGGAAUGGCCAUGAAUGUUCAUGUGGGAACAGUGAAUGCUGAGACCUCAGAUUCUGAAGGCAGUAAUGAAACUUCAAUUUGAAUCAUCAGGAAACAGUGAUGACUUUUCCACCUGGGGACUACUUGCUGUGAUGUCACUUCCUUGGUACCUCGGAUUUCACAAGAGAUGCUGCAUAUCGAGGAUGAGGAUGGUACUGCUUCCUCUGCUGUUACACAUUAUGGCAGACUUCUGACUGCUCAUACAUGAAACAUAGUACCCAAGACAUGCAUGAUAAGGCUACAUUGUGGUACAUUCAAUGGCUGUGUGAAUAUGUAACUGUGCCAAAAUGCAUGGAGACAUAACAGGGACUCAUUACGACGGAUGAAUGAUUAGAAGAAGUGUUGACAGAGUCACAGCAACACUGCAGGAACUGCUCGUGUGCGCAGCCCAUACUAAUGACUUACACAAGGAGAACAAAUUGUGUUUACUACAAUGGACCUACAAUAAGUCAAAUUAUCAGCCUUAAGAAAAGCACUAGAAGAUGCCUCUUGCUGAGGUCUUGUUCUGUUACAGUGUGAACCAUUCAGCUUCGGGAAACUCUAGAGAGAAGAAUAUCACACCAAGUGCCCUUCUGUAUCUAUGCCAGCAUCUUUACCAGCCUUUGAUGGACACAGUGUCUUAAAAAAUGUCCUUUAUAUAUAAAUAUAUAAAUAUAAAAAAAUUGUAGAUAAUUUUAUAUAUUUUGUAUGGUGACUCUAAAGAAGGAAAAGUUCCUUUGUAUAUUUUACAUUUAUACUGAUAUUCUUCAUUUGAUGCUAGGAAAUCAAUGGGAAGAGCUCUUGAUUAUUUUUUUAUAUUAAAAAUUGCACAGUUGUACUUGAAUUUGGCAUUUGAUAAUGUAACUGAUGUUUGCAUCAAAGCCACCCUAAAAUGCAGUGCAGUUUUUAAAAUACUACAGUGAAAAGGUUGAAUCUAAAUUUAUAAAUAUAAUUUAUAGGUUUCUGUUUCCAGAUUAUGGAAUACUUUAAGGAUGCAGUGUGUAUUUUUGAUAACCUCUACUAAAACCAACAAAAAUGUUCAUUUGUUUUUAAGGUGUUUUGGCCUCUUCUCCCAUAUUUUUUAAUUGGUGUUUACAUUAAAAAGAACGGAAAUCAAAUUCCCAGCUAAAAGAUAUUGUAUCUUCAGCUAGUCAAAGAUUUCAAAACAGUUCUUGGAGAGAAAUCAAUUCUGGUUUACAAUAUUUCCCUAUGCUUGUGUAAUUUACAUGCUAGUCACCUUUUGACUUAGCUUUUCAUCACAUUUUUCCUACUAAGCAACAAACCAGGGUCUUGUUGUGAGGACGCACUUGUGCAGUUCCCCCAUUGCACAAAUACUUUGUGAGGCUUACUGCUUUGUUUUACUUUUUAUUUUUUACUCUGAGUCAGCAUUUUGCCAAUUGGAGCAGAAACAUGAGUCUUUAGGAGAUCUGUGUUUCAUUUCUUAACUCUUUUGGAAAUUCCUGGUUAUCUUGUUGUUUUGCAAUACAAACACAAGUAUUAAACAAUUUCAUGUUUCAUGCACACUAAACAUAUCUUCACAAGUGUAAGAAACGUGUAGUGUCUGCCAACCUCAUCUUUUUACAGUGUUUACAAAAAAAAAAAGAGAUGUGGAAAAUAGUUGUCCACAAUAAGUAUGUAGGGAAAUGUUUCUGUUAGCAGUUCCUUUUGGCUUGAAUAUAUGACUCAAAAUGAGUCCUUAAAAUUCCACUUGUGAAAAUGAUACAUUUGUUAUCUACCUUUUCUUAGUAUUAUGUAUUUCACACUAUAGUCAUUUUUCAUAAUGACCAUUUUGAGAAGUUAUUAGCUGUUCCUUUGUAUGAAUAUGCAUGUGAAGGAGAAUAAACAGAAACAAUACGUCAGGCUGGAUAAAAUGCAGGAAAUUAACAAAAAAAAGCAUAUACUGUAGUAAUAUUGGUUUUAUUAUAUCCUUAUGCAUUUUUAAAUCUACUUGAGGCUUUGGAAAGGGGAAAGGAUACUGUCUCUUUAAAAAAUUAUGCAACAUACUGCGUGAAAUUUUCUGAUUGAAAAAAGUUUUUUAUGUUUAAGUGUCUGUCACACUUGACUGUGUGCUCAGAUACUCUGUACAACCUGUGUUAAUCAUUUUGCAUCUGUGUAUGUAUAUUUUGCCCCAGUGAGAUGUAGUUAGUUAUUUCAAUCAGAACUUUUUCAGUAAAUGUGUCAGUUGUAUUAAUGACAGAAAAAUUAAACCUAUUUUUAUGACUUGUUAAAACUUUAUGGCAGGUUAGACACUGGAGGUUUUUUAACAAAAUGUGUAUUUAUUAAUGUGCAGAACACUGGAAUUGCAGCACAGAUGAAAGGAGAAUAAAUUAAGAUUUUUAAUUUG